AUGGCCUGGCUACUAGGCCACGUCAGGACGUCCUUUCACCACUCCGCAACCCCCAUAUCCCUUCCAACAAAGACAGGCCACUCAAUAUCAUUACUCAAACUGUGCGAGGAAGCCACGCCGCCAUGUCAGCUCAACCCUUUGCUCUUCAACGGUCAUCUCCAAACCUUCUGGACAGCAGUAAAGGCUCAAGACGUCCCCAUCACCUACAAGCGCAGAAUCUUCGAAGCCGAAGACCCAGUAUUCGCCGGCACCUUCGCCGUUGACUUCGUCGUGCCCAACUCGACGAGGACUGAGAAAGAUGCAUCACUACCGGAGCGGACGACCUACUACUCCGAGCAAGAAUUCAAUGCACUCGGAUCUGAUGACAGCAAACCCAUGCUAGUCACGCUUCACGGACUCAGCGGAGGCAGUCACGAACUCUAUCUCAGGCACGUCAUCGCGCCUUUGGCAAACGAAGAAGGAGGGUGGGAAGUAUGCGUCAUCAACUCGAGAGGCUGCGCUAUGAGCAAGAUCACUACAGGUGUGCUCUAUAACGCGCGAGCAACGUGGGAUAUGCGUCAGAUGGUGAAGUGGUUGAGAAAGAAGUUUCCUAAUCGGCCGCUGUUUGGGUUGGGCUUUUCCCUGGGAGCGAAUAUCUUAACGAAUUACCUUGGUGAAGAAGGCAAACGAUGUGAGCUCUCGGGUUCGGUCGUUUGCUCUAAUCCAUGGAACCUCGAAGCUGGAUCCCUAGCACUGCAGCGGACAUGGCUUGGAUUAGAAGUGUAUUCGAAGACAAUGGGUGGGAACAUGAAGAAGCUCUUCGAGACUCAUGUGGAUCAGAUCGCGAAGAAUCCGCGGAUUGAUGUCGAAAGAGUCAGAAAAGUCAAAUAUCUUCAUGAAUUUGAUCGGUACCUACAGGGACCCACUUGGGGCUACCCCACAGAAGGCGCAUACUAUCGGGAUGCAUCAUCCUCGGACUCUUUGCUCGCUGUGAGGACACCUCUACUGGCGAUCAACGCGGAAGAUGAUCCAAUUGCGGUCAAUGAAGCCAUCCCCUACGAGGAAUUCAAGCAGAACCCGUACGCGGUGCUUUGCACUACCUCUGUGGGAGGUCAUUUGAGCUGGUUCGAGUGGGGUGGUGGAAGGUGGUUCGUGAAGCCAGCGGUUAAUUUCCUUAACAAAAUGGCGAAGGAAAUAGACAUAGAGGCGAUCUCAGACCAGAGGAUGGCAGAUGCGAACGGAGGGGUUGGACCAAAGAGCGAGGGUUCAUACUUCGAGCCUAUGCGGCGCAAGCUGCAUAUUCCCAGAUAG